AUGGAGCAGCAGCGGCUUCAUAAGAACAUUUCAACCUCAUUUCUGGUGAGGUGGUAUGAUGGUUUGGAUAUGGUUUGUUUGCUGCCACCAAACAUCAUCUUGAAAUUUUAUUCCCAAUAUGGUGUUGUUGGAAGAAAGAACCUCACAGAGUUAACAGAGUUUGUUUUCCUGGGAUUCUCCAGAUUCCACAAACAUCAGAUCACUGUGGUUUUUCUCAUCCUGUAUACAUUAACCGUGGCUGGCAAUGCCAUCAUCACGACCAUCAUCUGCACUGACCGUUACCUCCACACCCCCAUGUACUUCUUCCUGAGCAUGCUGGCUAGCUCAGAGACAGUGUACACACUGGUCAUCAUUCCACAGAUGCUCUCCAGCCUCGUAACCCAGACCACCCAGCCAAUCUCCCUAGCAGGUUGUACUACCCAAAUGUUCUUCUUUGUUACCUUGGCCAUCAACAAUUGCUUCUUGCUCACAGUGAUGGGCUAUGACCACUACGUGGCCAUCUGCAAUCCCUUGAGAUACAUUGUCAUUAUGAGCAAGAGGGUGUGUGUCCAGCUGGUGUGUGGAGCCUUCAGCAUUCGCCUGGCCAUGGCAGCUGUCCAGGUAACAUCCAUAUUUACCUUACAUUUUUGUCACAGGAUGGUUAGUCAUUUCUUCUGUGACAUCCUCCCUGUCAUGAAACUCUCCUGUAUUAAUACCACUAUCAAUGAGAUAAUCAAUUUUGUUGUCAGUUUAUUUGUCAUCCUGGUCCCCAUGGGUCUGGUCUUCAUCUCCCAUGUCCUCAUCUCCACUGUCCUCAAGAUUGUCUUAGCUGAGUGUCAGAAGAAGACCUUUGCCACCUGUGCCUCCCACCUCACUGUGGUCAUUGUCCAUUAUGGCUGUGUCUCCAUUACCUACCUCAUGCCCAAGUCAGAAAACUCUAUAGAACAAGACCUCCUUCUCUCAGUGACCUAAACCAUUAUCACUCCCCUGCUGAACCCUGUUGUUUACAGCCUAAGAAACAAGGAGGUCAAGGAUGCCCU